AAAUCCAACCGUUUCGCCAGCCGGCUAUUCCAGACAGAGCUUUAAGACCUUGUCGGUCGUAAGGGCAAACCUUUCGUCGCUCGGAGGAACUCGGACCAAGUAGAACCCUUGGAUCAGGAAAAAAAAUGGCGGCGAAUGGGCUAAUGGCGUCGUCCAGUGUGCUUCUUCAUGUACCAGGAAACCCACGUUUGUCGUUUUCUGCUAAAACAUAUCCAAUGGCAAGAAUCGGCAGUAAUGGCAGUGUCAGGUUUGUCGGCAACCGGACACGUUCUCUUCCGGUGGUUUUGUCCAUGUCCUCGACCGGUGCUGUUGAAGAGGCGAGCAAGCCCAUUUCUCCUGGAAGCGGUAUCUCCAUAAUGGUAAAUGGUUGCAGUGGUAAGAUGGGGAAGGCUGUCAUCAAAGCAGCAGAUUCUGCGGGAGUGAAUAUAGUUCCUACAUCAUUUGGAUCUGCUGAGGAAGCUGGCAAGAUCUUUAAUGUCUGUGGAAAGGAGAUUCUUGUGCAUGGUCCAAGCGAAAGAGAAAAGGUUCUUGCAUCCGUGUUUGAGAAGUAUCCAGACCUGAUUGUUGUUGAUUAUACCAUUCCAUCUGCUGUAAAUGAUAAUGCAGAGCUGUAUUCAAAAGUAGGAGUGCCGUUUGUAAUGGGAACAACUGGUGGAGACAGGGACAAAUUGUAUAAGACUGUCGAGGACUCGAAGAUUUACGCUGUCAUAUCCCCACAGAUGGGUAAACAGGUUGUUGCAUUUCUUGCGGCUAUGGAUAUCAUGGCAGAGCAGUUUCCUGGUGCCUUUUCUGGUUAUUCCCUGAAGGUGAUGGAGUCUCAUCAAUCAAGCAAAUUGGAUGCAUCUGGUACUGCAAAAGCUGUCAUUUCUUGCUUUCAGAAAUUGGGUGUGUCUUACGACAUGGAUCAGAUAGAAAUGAUACGCGAUCCUCAGCAGCAGAUAGAAAUGGUGGGUGUUCCAGAGGAGCAUCUUUCUGGCCACGCUUUUCAUCUGUAUCACUUGACAUCACCCGAUGAGACUGUGUCCUUUGAGUUCCAGCACAAUGUAUGUGGCAGAUCAAUUUACGCAGAGGGCACAGUUGAUGCGGUGCUCUUCCUCGCCAAGAAGAUCAAGUCGAAAGCAGAAAAGCGGAUCUAUAAUAUGAUCGAUGUCUUGAGAGAGGGAAACAUGCGCUGAACUCCAGUUUUUGUCCUGCCUGAGACAAUUCCCCACCAGAGACUCAGUGUUUUGUUCCAAAAUAUGAAGCUUAAAGAGCCGAGAGACCACAGCAUCGACUGCAACUUUUCACUGGGGAACACUCAUCACUGCCGGCAUGAAGACAGGCCUCUGAAUUCGGACAUGCAUUUUAAAAAAGCUUAAUGUAGGACGACCGGGCUUUGCUUUUAGUAGGAUGCAAGAGAUUUUUGGCCCAAAAAAAAAACAGAGAGAGAACUCUGUACUUGGGUUUGUACUCUCCUCCAUGAUGAUCUUUCCCCUUCCAUGUUAUUUUCUUGCCUUGAUGGUCGAUCCUCACUGAGAAAAGAAAUGCGUUUUGGACAAAGUAUAUCAAGGACUAGUGAGAUUUUGCUUCAUUAUCUUA